AUGGCUACUGUUGCAGGAUCCAGCGCCGUCGCCUUCAAAUCCGCCGGAACCUCCGCAGGUUUCCGCAGCUCCUCCGGUGACAGGAGUAUCGGCCAGUUCCGUCCGCUUUCCGGCGUGGUCAGCAGCAACCUCAACGCCGCUCGCGCUAGCCUCCGGUGCAGAUCGACAAGCUCCGUCGCCUCUUCUGGCGUGAGAGCUCAGGUUGCCACAGCGGAACAAGCGAGCACGGAGGCGGCGCAGAAGGUGGAGUCACCCGUAGUUAUAGUGACCGGAGCAUCUAGAGGCAUCGGCAAAUCAAUUGCAUUGUCCUUGGGGAAAGCAGGUUGCAAGGUGUUGGUAAACUAUGCAAGGUCGUCUAAGGAGGCAGAAGAAGUCUCCAAAGAGAUUGAGGCUUACGGUGGUCAGGCUGUUACCUUUGGUGGGGAUGUCUCCAAAGAAGAGGACGUGGAAGCAAUGAUGAAAACUGCUAUUGAUGCAUUUGGAACAGUUGACAUACUGAUAAACAAUGCAGGGAUCACGAGGGAUACUUUGUUGAUGAGAAUGAAGAAAUCUCAGUGGCAGGAUGUUAUUGACCUCAAUCUUACGGGUGUCUUCCUUUGCACACAGGCAGCUGCCAAGAUCAUGAUGAAGAAGAGAAAGGGAAGGAUCAUCAAUAUUUCUUCAGUGGUUGGUUUGGUUGGUAAUGCUGGGCAAGCAAACUACAGUGCUGCCAAGGCUGGAGUUAUUGGCCUGACAAAGACUGUUGCUAAGGAAUAUGCCAGCAGAAAUAUUAAUGUUAAUGCUGUUGCUCCAGGAUUUAUUGCAUCUGACAUGACUGCCAAGCUCGGUGAUGAUAUUGAAAAGAAAAUCUUGGAAUCGAUUCCUCUAGGGAGGUAUGGCCAGCCAGAAGAGGUAGCUGGAUUGGUGGAAUUCUUGGCUCUGAACCCAGCAGCUAGUUACAUCACUGGACAGGUGUUCACUAUUGAUGGAGGAAUGGUUAUGUAA